AUGAGUUCUGACAGUCAGGGCCAGCUUGUUGACGGUCCCAACGUUGGAAGACGCCGCCAGGCGUUUUCUCUGUCUCUUGCCCUUCGUUCGCAUCGAAGAAAGAGAAACAGUAUUAUGAGACCCCCGGCUCCUUCGCCUACCUGUGCUGAGAAGGCUCAUUAUCCAAUCUUCAACCCACGAGAUCCCAGACACAAUCCGAUAGCAGCGAAUUCUUGCCUUGUGAGAAGCAAUCAUGCGUCAGAGACCCGCGGCUCGGUCCGUUGGAUGCAAAGUCUCCCAAGAAGGUCUCUUCGAAAGGCAAGGUCGGGGCUCUUUGCGCUCACGGCUGGCAUACAAAGGCGUGCAAGCAGCCGUAAGAGGGAUCUCGCCGAGACUUGGAUUACGUCUGAUCCUAAAGCCUUGCCCAAUGAUGGCAAACAGGUGCCAUUCUCAACAUCGACAGCAUCCGUAGCUAGUACAGCAGUGGACGCUGAGUUCGGAGUCGGUCUUUAUCGUAUUAAAUGCAACUGCUCUACGCUACGCUUGAACACUCAUGAAUAUAUGCUAACAAUUUCUUCUUCGUCGUCCCUCACGCUCCUUAGCCCCUUCACAAUUCCCGAGGGGAAUCCCGAGACCCCUAAAUACAGUGGCUCGAGGUUGGAAGAGACAUCAGGACUCCAAGUCAGGAUAUCACCCAAUAGUCGAGUAAUCGGAUGGCAUGAUGAACACAAUGAACCGACUCAAAGAAGUGAGGUCUCAGCACGCAACGCUUCAGAAUCGACACUAGGCGAUUCUCUGAAGGAGAAUGUUCCCCAAAUUACCGACUUCAAAUUGAACACAGAACCCCUUUGUCUUUUUGAUCGACCGAGUUCGGACAGUAGCUUAGCUAUGCUACUUGGUUCUGAUGAAGAUGGAGAUGGCCAGUUUCUGGAGAGUUCUUCUCUCUCCACCGAGAAUACCGCCGAGACCUUCGCAGUGUCUGCGGACCUUAACAAACCGAAUGAGUUAUUUGACGGGCAGUCAGAAAUGGCUGGCGUUCAUGUUAACAUGACUGCGGUAAGCAUAGCGGAGAAUCUAACUGCGACCACGAGACCUUACGGGGAAAAUACAACGGAGCAAUUACCAACGAUGCCUGGCUAUUUUGACGAUGGACAUUAUCAGGCAUCUGAGCGUUCUCCGCCGAGAUUGGAGAUUACUGACUUGUCUUCGGACCCUUCCACGCGUUUGAAUUAUCGGAGCGAUGAGGGCAGUUCGACGGAACGCACGUCAUUCUCAGUCGGUCAAUGGUCACCUGUUGACAAUGAAGAUUGGAUUCCUCUGUCUUUUAGAAACGAAUACUUUUCUGUUGAUGGCAAAACCUAUGAUUUUCGCCCCGAUAGAGGCAACAACGCGACAAAAGCAGAGAAGAGCAUUAGCGGAGAUGGCAGCAUCCACAAUGGUCCUGGCCUCGAUCGUGAUUUCUCUCUCAGAAACCGCCCAAUUCCUGAAGUCAUCGGCCCCCGAACGCCCUACCAAAGGCAGGUUUCGCAGCCCCGGCUAGAAAGGGUUGGCAGUGACUCGACGGAAGAAUACAUCCCCACGUAUCCCACGUUGUCGCCAAGGGGCUUCCACCCUUGAG